CCAAAUAGUAGAUGGUUUGUAAUUACGCGUUGAGAAAAUGAGUCACAAUUGGCAAAUUCUUUGUUUUGCGAUCGGUGUCCAAUGUUUGGUGUUUCCACUUGCAAAUGCCAGCCAAGCAGGUUCGUGUUUUUCCUCCUCGUUCUCAAGAGCAAUUGGUUACAUCCUUCAAGGAUUUUUACUUGGUGAAAUGGAAGUCGAUUCGAUUAUUGAAUGCAAGAAACGAUGUGUCCUCAGCGCAAAUUGUCAUUCAGUGAAUAUCAUGUCAAAUUCAGACGGAAGCUUCAUGUGUCAGUUGAACAGCCACCUUAAAGAAAGUGGUUUGAAGGAACAAUUUGUACAAUAUGCGUCCGGGGAGUAUUACGGUUUAAAGGAGAGGAAAUUAUGCGAAGAUAAUGGAAAGAAUUGUGGGCUUGAUGCAUCUUGGUUUGCUUUCAAUCAGAGUUAUUUUCAACUCGUCAAUGAUGUUCUCGCAUUUGAAAAUGCACGAAAAGUGUGUCAGGGAAUGAAUGCUGACCUCGCCUCUACAUCGAGUGAGGAAGAACAGGCAUUCUUGUACAACACCUUCAUGAAUCCGGGCGACACAUUUUUUGUUGGCUUAAACGAUCUUGUUGAAGAAAAUGCGUUUAUCUGGACUGAUGGAUCUCCAAAUGUUUACGCAAGAUUUUUCACUCCGCAACCUGGCAAUGAUCCUAACAGUGAAGAUUGUGUUGUCAUCUCCACCUUAGAGAAUGGUGGGUAUUCUGACGUUCCUUGUGACUAUAAAUACAAAUUUUUAUGUGAAACAACUUUUGGAAACCUUUGAGUAAAUAAAUUCUUUCGAUAUAGUACGCAGUAUCAUGGCAAUCAGUAUAAUUUUAAAAUAAAAUGUAUUACGGUAAAAUAUCCAGUAAUUAAACUAGAAGUACUUUUAACGAACUUGAACAAUUGAAACUUAAUAUUAAUAAACUUCUCAACGUAUAUUUUAAAAGCUAUAUACAGUAGGUAUAGGUACUGACAAUCAUUGAGUCAUAUUAUUUGGGGUAGUGUAUGUCUCGAAAACAAAAACAUACAGGGUAAACACAAAAACCUAAACUUGUUUGACGCCAAAGAAACGCAGGGUUUAAAAUACAAAUUCUGUUCAUUAGGCGCAAGUUUGGGAAAUGUUUUUUUAAUCACUUCAGACAAUUUUCGUGUACAUUAGACCGAUAAAUAAAUUUCUACCUACGCAGUGAGGAAGGCUCAUUUUUUCAGCGCAUGUGCAUGUUUAAUGUUAUUCAGCAAAAUUUUAUUCAGUGGAUGAAAUGCAAAACUUUUCAUUCUUCGGCUAUUAUCAACCGCUGAAAAAAUGAGCCUGCUGUAAAUAUUGAAAGACGGUUACCAAAUUCUCCAAAAAUUUCCAACACCACCCCCCCCCCUCCAGUUUAAUUAUAGCUAAAAUUGUUCAUUUUUAUUCAU